AGACCACACACCACCACCCGACUCUAGGAGUGGUAAUUUGUUGCGAUCGUACGAGCUCGUGAAGCACAGUCAAUAUGAUGGACGACGAUGCGGGCGCCCUGGUGGUGGACAACGGGUCCGGCAUGUGCAAGGCCGGGUUCGCCGGCGACGACGCGCCGCGCGCCGUGUUCCCUUCCAUCGUGGGCCGCCCGCGCCACCAGGGCGUCAUGGUGGGCAUGGGCCAGAAGGACUCCUACGUGGGAGACGAGGCCCAGAGCAAGAGAGGCAUCCUCACCCUCAAGUACCCCAUCGAGCACGGCAUCAUCACCAACUGGGACGACAUGGAGAAGAUCUGGCACCACACCUUUUACAACGAGCUGCGUGUGGCGCCCGAGGAGCACCCCAUCCUGCUAACAGAGGCCCCGCUCAACCCCAAGGCGAACAGGGAGAAGAUGACGCAGAUCAUGUUCGAGACGUUCAACUGCCCCGCCAUGUACGUCGCCAUCCAGGCCGUUCUCUCCCUGUAUGCCUCCGGCCGUACCACCGGUAUCGUGCUGGACUCCGGAGAUGGUGUCUCCCACACUGUCCCCAUCUACGAAGGUUACGCCCUUCCCCACGCCAUCCUCCGUCUGGACUUGGCCGGCCGCGACUUGACCGACUACCUCAUGAAGAUCCUCACCGAGCGUGGUUACUCGUUCACCACCACCGCUGAGCGAGAAAUCGUGCGCGACGUCAAGGAAAAGUUGUGUUAUGUGGCUCUCGACUUUGAGCAGGAGAUGGCCACCGCCGCCGCAUCUAGCUCCCUAGAGAAGUCUUACGAGCUUCCCGACGGUCAGGUGAUCACCAUCGGUAACGAGAGGUUCCGCUGCCCCGAGGCGAUGUUCCAGCCUUCCUUCUUGGGCAUGGAGUCGUGCGGGAUUCACGAGACCGUGUACGCCUCGAUCAUGAAGUGCGACGUCGACAUCCGCAAGGACCUGUACGCCAACACCGUGCUGUCGGGCGGCACCACCAUGUACCCCGGUAUCGCCGACAGGAUGCAGAAGGAGAUCACCGCCCUCGCUCCCUCCACCAUCAAGAUCAAGAUCAUCGCUCCCCCGGAGAGGAAGUACUCGGUAUGGAUCGGCGGGUCCAUCCUGGCGUCUCUCUCCACGUUCCAGCAGAUGUGGAUCUCGAAGCAGGAGUACGACGAGUCGGGGCCUGGCAUCGUGCACCGCAAGUGCUUCUAGACACUCUAGACGCUCCGUGUCGUGUGCUGUUCUAUAAGAAUUAAAAAUUGGUCGGUGUUUUGUAUUACUAAAACGAAUACAAAAUUAGCGUUAAGUACCUUAGACUCAAAUUUUGUGUACGUUUUGGAGUCGAUGUAUUUAUUUUAUAUUCGCUGUGAGAGACUGUGAGCUGUUGCGUUAACUAAGUACUAAGUGAGUUAUUUUAAGUUUAUUUUGUUAAAUAUUAUACUUUUGUUAUGAU